CGCGAAAUUUCGAGACCGAUUUCGACCGUUCGACAACUCCAGCGCCAACGGGACAAACGACAAGAUGGUCCUCGCUAAGAAGCACGUCCCUAUCGUCAAGAAGCGCACCAAGCGCUUCACCCGCCACCAGUCCGACCGCUUCAAGUGCGUGCCGGAGUCAUGGCGCAAGCCUAAGGGUAUCGACAACCGUGUCCGCAGACGCUUCAAGUCGAACAUUCCCAUGCCCUCUAUCGGUUACGGUAGCAACAAGAAGACCAAGCACAUGAUGCCCUCCGGCCACAAGGCUUUCCUCGUUCACAACGUUAAGGACGUCGAGCUCCUCCUCAUGCACAACCGCACCUACGCUGCUGAGAUCGCCUCCGCCGUCUCUUCCCGCAAGCGCGUCGACAUCAUCGCCAAGGCCAAGGCCCUCGGUGUCAAGGUCACCAACCCCCGUGGCCGUGUCACUACUGAGGCUUAAAUGGUUUGCGUUGCGAUUGACUGAAACGAAAAAAAGCGAAAAUGAUUCUGGGAAUGAAUUGAUAAAGCGCGGGCUCUGCGGUACGGUUACGGUUGCGGUCGCGGACGAAUGGACUGGGCUGAGCUGGGCUGGAGGAAGUCCAUCGAACAAGGACAAGGGGUGGAAUAUGGCACGGGUCGAUUUUGUUAUACAUACCCUACCAUCCAUCUAUCCAUUUAAAUACCAAAUGAGUUGUUGAAUGGAUUCGCGGUCUUCUCGGUUU